AUGACUUUAGAAUUGCGCAUCCCGAUUGUGGCUACCGCCCGAAGCGAUGGCGAAGGGAAGACCAAGAACAAAGCCCCUACCCAGGUCCAUAGGGAGGACAUCAUAAAUCACGAUGAUGCCUUUUUCUACACCAACAUUGUCAUGUCGGCUUGCGUCCGUAAGUUCGUUCUUUUUUCUUCUGUUUUCUCCCAGUCCGCUCUUCUCUCGUCUCUCGUCUCUCGAGACGUCAAGGCCGAAUAUGCUGACCCGCACCCGCACUUAGAUGGUGUCUGGGACGAAAAGAACAACGACAAGACCCCCGCGACUUUUCUCCUCUUCACGUGUGAGAUACAGAGCAUGCGCGAGUUCAGGGCGAGGAAGAUCAGGUUGGAAAUCGACUUUCGAAACGUCGAAAAUCAAGGUGGAAAGCUCCCGUUCGCAAACCCAACUAUCGUGUCGCGGGGCCCCGAUAUCAUUAACCGCUCCCACAAGAUUCCUGUUCUUCGCAAGAGGGAAUAUGGACUUAAAGGCACCCUGGAAGGCAGCGCUGUAGUGAAGCCAGGCAUCGCACUGCACCAGGUCAGCAGCCAGGAGUACGAGAGGCAGUAUUUCGCUGAGGCCAAAUCGGGGAUACGACAUGCCUCCCCUACUGACCAUCGGUAUGUGAAGGUGUGGUGGAUCUACACGGAGAACAGCAAGGGUGCCGAGGGCGUUGUCCCAGGCUUUCAUAUCGCGGUACUUCUGAAAAGAGAAAACGACUCCCCAUUCCAAGGCCAAGUCGCAAUUACCGAGUUUGACGCAGGGUGGCGAUAUCCGGGGGCUGUGAUGUGGCACAACCUCUGGAGCAAGCGUGACUUGGACGCCGAGGAGGACAAGAUGAUUCACCCCAUCAACUUCGACCCUACGCUGCCAAACCCGAUCAUACCAAAGUGGCUGACCGGGGUCGACCGUAAACAGCUCGUCGACCUCCAAACCGAAACUGGAAUUGACAAGAAGUACGCCCGCGUCUGGGGAGUGGACGAUUCGAAGGCGACUAGGACUGUCUAUUUGUCCGCUAAGGUUCAACCAUGGGUGGCCGAGCGUGGGCUGCUAAAGGGCGUUCUUGCUGGAGGGAUGCUCGAGUUGGCCUUCUUCCGUCUUUCGUAUUUCGUCUUCCGUCUUCCGGCUUCCGUCUUCUGUCCUUCGAUUGCUUCCGACUACAGCCCGCGUCGUAUCUUCCGCCUGGCUAAAUUCCCAGCGCCCAGAGACAACAAUCUUGGAUCACCAAGUUUCGUCGGUAUCUUUGAAUCAAAGCCAAAACUCAUCAUGGCACCUUCCCCGAUGGAUGAAAUACUGGCAGGCUUUCUGAACAAGCCAUGGAGGCCGAAAAGAGCACAGAGGCAGAACGAGAAGCCAGCCCCAUACACAGACACAGAUACACUGCUUGGAUUCAUCGAAAAUGGGAAGCAGACAGAGUUCAGGACAACACCAAAGUUUAUCAACAACGAGGACCGGCUCAAGCUGGCCGAGGCCAUUGUCAUGCGAUAUCAACCUGAAGAAACGGAUGACGGCCCAAGUGACAAAGAAGAUGACCAAGACGAACAAGACGAACAAGACGAACAAGACGAACAAGACGAACAAGACGAACAAGACGAACAAGACGAACAAGACGAACAAGACGAACAAGAAACGGUGCUUCCAACGCCACCGUGCAGUCCCUCCCACCAGACACAACAGCAAUGGUUGGAUCUAUUGCUAGAGGCUUUAUCACCAGACCCUAAGGCGCCAAGAAACCUCGCCGAGGAACUGAUUAAGAAAAUGGGGAAGGAUGAGAUGAGUCCAGGUCCCCUCGAGAAGCAAAGCUACGCCCAGCAAGUUAACCACUUUCGCAUACUCACGCACGUCAUUGAGAACACUUACGGACUCUGCCGCGACAAAGAUGACAUGAAGCAGACACUAUUUCACAUCGCCGCCAUCAACGGAGCUCAAAGAGCCAUCAUGAUCUGCCUAUCCGUUAUAGAUGGCUGCUGUGGCAGACGCUACGCACACGAUCCAGGUUGCGCGACGGUUAAAAGCCUGUUGACGAGCGUGGAUAAGGAGGGUUAUUCUCCCCUUACAUACUCCAUCACCAAGAGCAAAAUACCAGCCGUCAGCGGCAUGCUUGACUUGCUUGGCAACACCAGCCCAGAAGAGAUACGAAAACUUCUGAGAAAGGCCAUUGCGAGCAACAGCGGUAAUAAUGUCGAAAUCAUGCGCGAGUUACUCACUGUCAGGCCCGCUGGAAAAGAGAAAGAGUACCGGACAGAUGUCCUCCAACAAGACAUCCUGCAACUGGCUGCCAAGUGCUUCAAUUUCGAGGUCUUCGAAUUUCUCCUUGGUAUCGGAAGUACAUUUCUGGGUAGUCUAGACUGCAGUUUGAUUCACUACGUGGUGUACAUCGGUCAGGUUGAAGCGGCAAAGUAUUUGCUAAAGGAGUUCCCUGAUCUUGCCACCAGCCUCCACGUUCACCCGGAUCACACAUCUGGACCAGGCUCAAAUACAACCAUGGGCGAGCACAAGACUCCGAUUCUUGCGCUAGGUCCAGCCUUAAGCGCAGAAGCAGACGAAGAGAAGUUUCCAGUUCUGGCGCUGUAUAAUGGCGAAGACACAGAACUCAGAGAUCUCAUAUUUGAGACCCUGAUGGAGCGAUUGCCCAUUUCUGAGCUUAGAGAACACCUGAGAGGGGAUACUUGGACGGGCAAAGAGAUCUCGCUCAAUGUCACCAUCCUAGCCUUUGAUCCGCAUUCUCUCACGGAAUUUCUCCGUUCCGUCCGCAGUGACAUCGAAAGGCUCGAGGAGUGUGUCAGGAGACAGCUUGCGCGUGACGUGGACAAUGCAGACGAGGAGCCGGUUCAAACUGUCCGACUGGCAGAUAUCCUAGUCGAUAACCUCCCACAUAUCGAUUGUGAUGGCAUUGAAUUUGAACGAAUCCUCAAAUAUGUCAACAUUCCGUCCUUUCCUAGGCAAUUGGGAGAGAGGAGAACCGAUACAAUCUCCAUUUUUCAGUGGCUCAAGGCCUACAAGCGCGUGAAGCGUGUCUUCGAGGUCACCGUGGACGAUUGUAGACAUUGUCCCACCACUGAAGAAGAUAUCGAGAUGGCACUCCAAGACCUCGAUGUGCAACAUUUGGACUGGAGAAGAACGGACCUCUCGAUCACGUCCAUCGCAAACGUUGCAAAAGAACUCAAGACCCUGCAUCUUUACUCAAGUGGAAGCCUCGCGGCGAUUGACCACUGGCUUGGGCCUAAGGGCAUAAGCAUUCUGAAUCUCGACCGGUUGUACAUCCACGUCAUGCAGGACGGUUUUGUCAGUGAGGGUCGAGCAAUCCUUUGCAAGAAGCUUUGCGACGAGGCGGAGCUGAAAGUCAAGACAAAACCAGUGGUGACCAUCGAAACAGAUUGGAUCCCAGAGCCGGCUGGCCACAGCCAUCAUGGAUCUGCCGGGUCUGCAAGGAAACAGAGCCCAAUCGAGGUCACAGGACUCGUAUAUUUCAUCCAACACUAUAGCGGAGCUCGGAUUCAGCAACUGAAUCUCGCACUCAACUGCCACAAGCUGCAUUCCCCGUUGCCGAAGUCGAUUUCUAACACCAGGACAAAAGUUGCCAUUCUGGACAGUGGCGUGAACGGGACUCGGUUCCCUCUUCAAAGCCACGAGCGCCACGGCCGCAGUUUUGUAUGGAGAGACAACGGAAAGGGGCACCAAUCUGAAGCAUCUUGGUGGCUCGCUGUUGAUCCACACGGUUCUCAUAUGGCCAAUAUCAUCUCUCAACUAGACCCAUUUUGCGUGUUCUAUUUCUUCCAAAUCGCAGAUGACAUGAACUACAUCGAGCUGCCUACGGUAGUCAAGGCUCUUGAGUGGGCAAUCAAGCUCGAGGUGGAUAUUAUCAAUUGCAGCUUCGCCCUGGGAACCUCCUCACCCCAAUUAGAAGAGGUUCUUCGCAAGGCCAAGAAGAAAGAUAUCAUCAUCAUGUGCAGCACAGCCGACGAGGGAGAAAACACAGACGAGGUCUGGCCAGCAGCCUAUUAUCGGCGGGAGCAAGACAAGGCCGAAAAGUUUGAGAAUAUCUUCCCCAUCGUGGGCUGCGACGAGCACGGGAAGUUUUCCAAAUACGCGAACGAAGGUGCCGGUCGGUACAUGUUCCGAGGGGAGGACGUCGACACCUCCAGUACCGACCCAUCCGUACCAAUCGAGACAGCCAAUGUUCAGGGAAGCUCCGUCGCCACAGCGAUGGCAACGGGGGUCGCUUCUCUCAUCCUGGCGUGCUACCGAAUGGUCCAGGACACGCAAUCGAGCCCAUCGGGUUUGGUGGACGCUUGCUUCUUCAGGAUGUCUGAACAACUCAGAAAGGGCAACGCGCAGGACCGGACCAGAUUGCUGGCCAAGGCGAGCAAUUUCUUCCCGGUUGGCGAGGAUGAUAUACGCGAUGCCGGCGACUUUUUGGACUGCAUGGCAUUACGUUUUAACGAUGUUUCUUAA